CUAACCUCUUUCACUUUCUUUUCAUUCGAAACAUUGUUAGACAUCGUGUUACCCACGUGUAAUUGUUACAUUUUGAAUUAAAAGAAGAAGAAACAGAUCCACGCGUAAUUAUGGAAAACAGGAAUAAAGUACAAUAUCUUAUUGUCGAUACGAGCGCUUUUAUAAAGAAUGCUGCCUUACAGGAUAUUGGAGUAAAUAUUAUAACCGAGCAAGCUGUAGUUGAUGAAAUUACAAGCAAAAGACAGCUGAGAAGAUUAGUCGUAUUGCCAUAUGACUUAAAGGUUCAAGAGGUUUUUGCUGAGAAUAUCAAAUUUGUGACUGAAUUUUCAAAGAAAAGCGGCGAUUACACCAGCCUAUCCGCUACCGACAUCAAGGUAAUUGCACUCACGUAUCAGUUGGAAAAAGAAAAAGUUGGGACGACACAUUUGAAGGAUGCCCCAACGAUAAGAACAGUUAUGCCUACUGCAAAUAAAGAGAGCGAUGAUGAUCCUAAAUUACCAGUUGGUUUCUACUUGCCAAAGAAAAAAGAGAAAAAGCAAUUGGUUGUAGAUGACAAAAAUGUAGAGGCUUCUUCAAAUAAUACGGAAAAUACAGAUGUUAUUGAAGAAAAUAUCACACACGUUCAAAUUGUAAGUGAUUUGGCAACAGGUAAUACAAGAAAUGACACGGAGAAACAAUUUACUUCUUACGCGUCUGCAUCCUCGGAAGAAUCGCAAUCAGAUUAUGAAACUGCGUCUGAUAACGAGGAAGAUAAGAAAUUGGAUGAAACGGAUUUAAUUCACAAAUUUUCCAAGCUGGAGUGCAAUCCAGCUGAUUUAGAUGUAGAAGGCAAGUAUGUUGUAGACGACAUUCUUGCUCCUGUCGUUACAACGUCCAAAAGUGACGAAUCAUUUGAGGACGAAGAUGAUGAGGAUGACGAUACCGACGAUGACGACGAUGGUUGGAUCACACCAGCGAACGUUUCCAACGUAAAGAGGCAAAUGGACUCGGAGAUUCUCGAAGAGAAGGCUGCGACUGUCGCGUGCUUGACGAUGGAUUUUGCAAUGCAAAAUGUGCUUAUGCAAAUGGGACUGAAUGUAGUUGCAUUGGAUGGAAGAGUGAUUAAACAGAUGCGAACAUUCAUAUUCCGAUGCUACGCCUGUUUCAAAACUACUAGUAUUAUGACCAAGAUCUUCUGCCCGCAUUGUGGUAACAGGACACUGAAAAAAGUGGAGGUCACAUUAGACGAGAAUGGGAAACAACAGAUUCACAUCAAUUUUCGGAGACCUCUUUCGGCCAAAGGAAAGAAGUUCUCAUUACCAAUGCCGAAAGGUGGAAAACACGCUAACAAUCCUAUUUUAUGCGAGGAUCAACCGAUGCCGGAUCAACGUCCAUCUCGUUUAGCGCGCAUGAAGAACAAUCCGCUCGACGACGAUUACAUAGCUGGAUACUCUCCGUUCGUUAUGCGCGAUAUAAACUCAAAAUCAGCUAUGUUAGGCAUAAGACCGGAUGGCGCCGUCAAAUACUGGAUGAAAAGAAAUCCUAAUGAAUCUAAAAAGAAACGAAAAUAAAAGCUAUUUAUUGUUAAAAA